CCACCAGCAGGCCGGGGCCAAACGCUCAGCCACGAGAUCAAAGGUGGAUUUGUGCUGGAAAGUUUAGCUUGGAUGGGCCCUUUGGAUUUCUCUGGUGCUCCCUUCACUGGAUUCUGUGGUGGUGCAUGAAACAGCACUGGGAUGGUUCCAGUGCUGGGCACCGGGAUGGGGGAGAACCAGGCUGGAGUGAGAGCUGAACAAAGACUCGGAGAAAUUUUGAUUAAAUGUCCCUAAACACACACUGAGCACCUGUUGGCUGCUGCUGAAGAUGUCCAUCCUCACUCCACCAGCACUCCCGAGGCUCUUCCAGUUCAGAUGCUCUCCAGUGUUUGUAUUGAAAGCUCCUGACUGGGAGAAUCAGCUGGCAUUGUAAAUCAGCGGGAUAAAGGCAGGUGUUCCGGCGCUGGUUCUUUUGACAAGACCCGGCUGGUGUGAGGUACAGCAGUUUCAGAUAAAGAAUGGCUCAUUCUCGUUCAGCACGGGACUUUGUUGCACUUUCAGAUCUGCAUCCAAACCUCGCUCGUCCUAAUGUAAUCGGGGUGGUUAUUGGGAAAACAGAUGUCAGAAGCUUUCCAGACCGAAAAAACAUUGGCACUGAAAGAUACACCUUCAAUUUUACCAUUCGUGAUUCCCCAACUUUUUUCAUUAAUGUCCAGUCCUGGGGCAGAGAAGAGUACAUCAGAUCCCUCUCAGAAAGCUUCAGGGUUGGUGACUGCGUUACAAUUGAAAAUCCUUUAAUUCAGUCCAAGGAAGCAGAAAGAGAAGAAAAAUUCAACCCUGUAACUCCUAGUGGCUACAAAUUAUUGCUGAGUGAAAAUCACUCUGUGGUGAAAACCUCUUCCUGCUACGACACAGACACCCGGCUGCUGGCUCUGCUGCACCUGCCUGUCAAGGACCCUCAGGAUUAUUAUUCCCUGGGGGACAUCGUGGCAAACGGACAGAGCCUCCAUGGCAGAGUCCUCAACGUGCUGGCAGCUGUCAUGGCAGUUGGGGAGCCAAAGUAUUUUAUGACUUCAGACAAAAGGAAAGGCCAGAGGUGUGAAGUAAAGCUGUAUGAUGAAACAGAGAGGUCUUUCCCAAUAGUAUGCUGGGAUAAUGAAUCCAUCCAGCUGGCACAGAGUUGGAUCCCCCAAGAAACAGUUAUAUUUGCAUCAGAUGUCAGAAUCAAUUUUGACAAAUUUAGGAACUGCAUGACUGCAACUGUGAUAUCCAAAACCAUCAUUACAACUAACCCAGAAACAGCAGAAGCAAAUGUUCUCUUCAGCUUCAUCAAAGAGAAUGCCCAGGCAGGAGCUCUGCCCAGCCCAGUGAAGGAGCUGCCAAAUGAAACCAUUAACUUGGAGGCUGUAGUGGAUGUCUACACAGUGGAACAGCUGAAAGAAAAAGCUCUCCAGAGUGAUGGGAAGCUGGAGCCUCUCCAUGGAAUUAUUUAUGGCUACAUUUCCACCCUGGACAUCGACGAGAGCGUGUCCAGAGUCCUGCGCAACAGAUGCUCAGUCUGCAGGUUCAUCGUGAAUGAGGUGUCAAACACCUGCACCUUCUGCAGUGACGUCUCUGCAGAGGCCAGGUCCACCUUUGCCAGCUUUGACAUCCUGGUGGAUGUGACAGACCACACGGGCACCCUGCGCUCCUGCUACCUGGCUGACUGUGUGGCUGAGGACACCCUGGGCUGCACAGUCCCUGAAUUCCUCAUGCUGGAAGAAGACCAGAGGACUGCACUGAAAUGGCAGCUCCUCUUGGAACGAAGCAAGAUUUACUUCAAAGUUACCUCAUCACCCAAUUGGAGAACUGGACUAAAAGUGAAUCUUCUUUCCUGCAAACUGGCAGAUCCCAUGGAGGCGAGUCAGAGCUUCUUGGGAAGAGACUGGAAUUAUUUAUAAAUGCUAGGAAAGGCUUCCUUCACUCUGCUGUUAGAGAUGGAAUUCUGCUGUUGUUGGGUUUGGCCAAGUCUGUUCUGAUGGUAAAGGAGAGGUGCAUGUUGCAAUACCUCUAAGUGGGCUUCUGAGUUCAUAUUUUUGGGUGAUUGUACUUUAAAAAGUGUACUUGGGCCUCAGCUUAAAUGUUCAUUCUACCAAAUUCAACCCCUUUCAAGGGGGCUGGGAGAUUUCCUCACUUAGCUGAGACCUUGGAAAAAACAGAAAUAACAAAUAGGUUAAAUGAGAUUUGUUGAAGUUCUGUAAUUUUAACUGCUUUGCUGCUUUUGUGUUAAAGAAAUAAAGA